AUGAAUUCCCAGCAGCGGAAGCAGCCCUGCGCCCCACCCCCUCAGCCUCAGCAGCAGCAGGUGAAACAGCCUUGCCAGCCUCCACCCCAGGAGCCCUGCCACCCCAAGGCGCCUGAGCCCUGCCACCCCAAGAGCCCUGCGCCUGAGCCCUGCCACCCGAAGGUGCCUGAGCCCUGCCACCCCAAGGUUCCUGAGCCCUGCCACCCCAAGGUGCCUGAGCCCUGCCCCCCAACCGUCACUCCAGCACCAGCCCAGCAGAAGACAAAGCAGAAGUGACGUGGUCCACAGCCAUGCCCUUGAGGAGCCGACCACCGGAUGCUGAGCCCCCAUCCCACUCUGCUCACGAGCCCCAUUUGCCUGUUGACGUUGCAAUUAGCAUGCUGUCACCCUGAGUCAUAAU